GGACUGUUUACGCAGCAAACGUCAGACAUUUGCCAAGAUAUGCUCUGCGAAAAGUGUCUGUCACAGAGCUGCACGCUGACUGAAUAUUGUGACGUCACCGUAGUUUACCUUAGUUAAGGUAACUUUGCAAGGUGAAACUCCUUUGCAACAGUGGAAUUAUUUGAGAAAUCAAUUUGGUGAAGUCUCCUGUUGCUCGAUUCAGUGCCUGGCUGACUUUGUCGAAUCUGACAGCCAAGCCAUUCGUGGAGACUGAAAGACAUUCUGAUUGGAAAGUUUGUGUGCUUUGACUGACUGAUUCAGCGAUGUACAGCAACAGAGAGCUGGUAGUGUUUUAUGUAAACUACAAACUCACACAGAGGGAAUACCCAACGCCUAUGCUGAUAUCGGAGGAUGCCACUUUAGAAAGGGAGAGCGACAAAGCCCCAGAUGCACCUGAUGAUAACAGCUUGUUGGCCAAUGAUGGGACAAGCGGUGACCAGCUGCAGACACCAUCGUGCCCACAUGGCGACAUAGAGGUGGUAAAAACAGCUCUGCGGUACUCAGUUGACAGGUUUGAGCUGCUUUUUGCACAAAGGUUCAGUGACCUCGACUCAUACAUUGACAUGUGUGACACCACCUAUGAGAGCUUUAAGAUGACGAUGGAUCAGGUGUUUAAGGACGGCAUUAACUGGGGACGUAUAGCUGGCCUUUUUGCCUUUGGGGGCAUCAUUUCUGUGAAAUGUGCAGAGAGAGGCCUGAGUGACCUGGUGCACUGCAUUGUUGACUGGAUGACUUGCUACCUGGAUGAGCACAUCAAUCCGUGGAUACAGAGCCAUGGCGGCUGGGACUACUUCGCCAAGAUUUUCCUGGGGAGUGCUGCAGCAGAGGUCACAAGGCAAUCAGAGGAGGGUGUGAGGCCAUGGAUGCUAGCUGGAGGGACUGUACUCACAGGAGCAUUGUUCGGCAUGCUUGUGUGGAAGCUCAAGUGAAGGAACUCCAUGCGUAUAUAAAAUAACCCUAAGCCCAUGGGUGUAUCCAUUUUAAAGAAAGCACUGUUUAAGUAAAACUGCUAUCCUGAUUCAGCAACUUCAGCAGCGGACAUACUGUGUACCUCGUGUAUACUUUUGCACUGGAUAGUAUCAAUAACAUCGACCAAUUUAACUGUUUAGGUAGGCAGAGACCACAUUGUACACACUAUUUGCUGUGUCGGAUGGUGAGUUGACGAAUAAUUAAUAUAAUUUAUGACUAAAAAAUAAAAGCAGAUGGAUUUACGGGUAUUAACUUCACUAUAUAUUACUGUAGUUGUAGUUUUAUAAUGGGGUGGAGCAGGGAUGCAAAAUACGCAGUUGUGUUAAUAUUUUUGUUACCUGAUUGAGCCUCAUACGGUAGUUCUUAAUAAUAUAAGCUUUCUUUGGUUUCUCAAGUGCUUUUCUUUGUGUCAAUAUGAGCUGAAAUUUUAUAGACCAGAAGGUGAGAUUUUCAUUUUUUUAUUCUCAGACAAUGUGCGUCAUAUCACUAAGUGACAAAAUACAGUACUGUAUAUUGCAAACCAUUUAAGUGCAGUGCAGUAUAAAAGGAAGAGUUCAUUUUUGUGUUUGGUUUGCUGUUAUGACGCAGUUCAUCAUGACAGUAUGUUUAGAUAACUGCAGUAACUCGCAUAAAAUCUCUAUUUGUGAUUUUCCCCAUGUUUUAUUAGAUAAUCAUCCAGUAAAACAUGCAGGGGAUAGUCUAAAUUAUAACAUUAAAGAGUUUGUCCAGUAGGGUGCGCUCCUCUACAAUGUUUACAACAGCUGAAUUGACUCGAGUGGGAAGGUUUUCAAAAUUUUGUCCAACCAAUUCAGGACACCAAGCAAGCUUUUUUGAGUAGACCUCCUAAAAUGAGUCAUGUUUGUGACUGAAGUGUUACUGAUCCAUGUCAUUAUCAUUCUGCAAAGUUUUCAUUGCAAGGCCCCACAGAGUUACACUGGAAGUAAAGUUGCCUUCACUGGACCUGUACGAGCCACUGUUGGACCGAAUAGCCCCCGUUAAAGAGGCACAGUGAUUGUCUUGAAGAGGUAGGUAGGGCUUUGCCACCAGACCUCUUCCCAUCUCACUUCCCAAAGGUCCGGUUUCCACAUAGGGCCCAUACACGACUUCUUGAGAUAGUUGUGCUUUGGGCAGCUUCAUAUGAUCAGAGCCAGGCAACGAUGUGCUCCUCUCCUGGUGGGAGGAUGAGAGGAGAUGAUGGGGAACGAGGGAGCGCAGCUCUG